UAUAGUAUAGGAUACAUCAACCUUUCACAAUGUUUAAACUAUUAUCAAAACCACUGUCUUUACGAAAUAGCGUACAAAUAAAUUAACCUUUCUCAAUGUAAAAUAUCGUAAGUGCAAAAUAAUUAAUUUACUAAUAGUGGUUAACCUCUCUCUAUGUAAUAUAUCAUCUGACAAGUAUACAAUUAGAAAUCGUGAAGAUAAGCUGCUCUUCUAAAAAUUAGCAAAAACAACACCGCACUUGCAAGCAGCACAACAAUGAUAUUCCAGAAGAAAAUAAAGAUAAUUUUUCUGAUGAUCAGUUAGAUGAUCUAAGUAUCAAUCAAUUAUUUUACUUUUCAAAUUUUACUUCACAAUUCACAAACAGAUUUUCAAUAACCUAAAUAUAAAUAUUCCUAUAAGAAGUAUCAAAGUGGUAAUAUAAUUCAUUGUUACUUAAUUCUAUGCUAGAAAUGUAUAAUAUUAUAUAUUUCAGCCAUACAAUCCUCAAAAGAUAAGUUAUCUCAAUUCUUCAUGGAGUUCAAGUGGUUUAGUGGUUGAAUACAAAGAACUAGCUUGUGGUGGUAUUAGAGUUCCCUUGAAAACAUUUUUUCAAGUGGUUAUUUACAGCUCGUGAAUCUAGGGUCUUAAAAAAAAACCAUUUGUUCCUCAGGAUAAGCAAAAAAAAAAAUAACGCUCAAGAAUGAAUGGUUUUUGAACUUGAAAUAAAGAAGAAAUUUUCACCUUUUGAAGAAAAUACAAGAAUGAUGAUACUGCUGCUCUAUUAAAAGAUGGUGAGGGUGACCACUGACCAGUGGAGCCACCAAAGGGCGCUCAUAUCAAUUAUCUAUGAACGACGAAUGACGUGUUAUCUCCUUGUCAUUGAGGAUAAUCGUUCAAGCCACGAGAGUCUGUUGGCAGCAAUGCUUACUGACAAACAAUCGGGUAAUCGCCAGUACUUUUUGAUUUUUCGAACGUUUGGAAUAACGAAUAAUAGGACUAUCGAAAGUUUAGAUUGGCUGAUACUUACAGUUUUAUACGUAAGACGGAAACGUCGUCCAAAGUUGGUUGCUGCAUUUCGAAUUUUUAUUUAUUGUCGCAGUAGCCGAAUAGUCUGCAGGCAUUUCUGUAGGGAAGUAUUCAAGAUAAAAAAAAUCAUAACCAUGAACAACGACAAUACUUUGUUUGAAUUUGACGCUCCCAAGACACUUGUUCACCUAUACGGGGUUGCAAAAUCCAAUGACGACAUUGCUGACAAAAUUAUUGAUUAUGUUGAGGAAAUGGAAAGUGCUGUAUCUAAACAGAAUUUGGAGAUUGUCAAAAAAUCAACAAUGAAUAGAAAUGAUGUUCCAGAGGAAAAUAAAGAUAAUUUUUUACCUUAUGACCAGUUUGAUGAUCUAAGUAUCAAUUUAUUAGCUUAUCAAUUAAUUCGUUCUGCAAAGAAGUCAAAAACAUCGGAAUUACCUAAUAGACACUCUAUUACUGUUGAAGGAAAUGAAAUAGAGUUACCAAAAAUCACACACCAUGCUAUGAUUACCAGAUUAGAUGAAUUGGAAAGUACACCUAAAUUAGAUUUUUGUACUCAUUCUGUUGUUAAAUCUGAGUACAAACAUCAUGAACACAUUAAAUCAGGUUCUAAGGUUUUUAAAUCUAGAUGUCUCUUCCCUGAUGCUUUUGAGCCAAGUAUUAGCCCCAUUCAUGAUCAUAAUAUCAUUGAAAAUAAACCAACACAUGGCAGUUAUGAAACCAAACCAAUUUUAAAUAAGCUAAAUACAAAUAUUCCUACAAGCAAUAUCAAAGUGCCAUACAAAUCUCGAAAGAAAAAAGUUCUCAACUCUCAAGGCGGAGUUCAAGUGGUUGAAAACAAAGAACUGGCUCAUAGUGGUAUUAGAGUUCUUGAAAAACAAUUAAAUACUAUUCCAAAACCAUUUAGUUUUGAAUCUCGUAAAUUGUGUGCUACCAAACCUCAAAGUGUGGUAUGUACAGAGCAACAGCGGUCAUUUAAAGCUCGGCCAGCUACGGUCUUAAAAAAAAAACCAUUUGUUCCUAAGCAUGAAAAAAAAUAUACUGAACCAAAAAAUGUAUUUUUAAAUACCGAAAGACGUGCUCAAGAAUGGAUGGUUUUUGAACUUGAAAUGAAGAAGAAGUUUUCACAGUAUGAAGAAAAUAAAAGAAUGAGACAAGAAGAAAUGAAAAAACAAGAAUUGCUUCUGAUCAAAAAUUUGCGACAAGAAACUAUUCAUAAACCAGAACCAAUCAAAAAAUACAAGCCGGUAUUAAUAAGAAAAUCUAGAAGACCCGUUACUGUACCACAAAGCCCAAGAUUUUCAAUACGUCCAAAUAGAAAUUGUUUAAGCCAUAUGUCAACAACUUAAAAUAUUAAAAAACCAAUGAAGAAUUUAAUCAGAAAAUCAACAUUUAUU